UGGUGAAAUUGUGAAACUGCAUCCCGGAAGUCCGUUAGUGUUGCAAUGAAAGCAGACUUGCUGCUGUCUUUACCUUCAGUUAUCGUUUAUGUUUUCUCUGGACACUAACAUGGGCUCGCUGUCAAACGGUGCUGAGAAUUAACAACACAGGAGCUGAUAAAGACUCACACGCCUCAGGUUUAUCAUCGACUGGGUGCAAUGUUUGACACCAUGUUGGUGACGUCAUAUCUGGCCUUCAUUUUCCUGUUAGUCCUGUGUGUUGGCCUUGAGCUCACAUCUCGUCGCCUCACUCCUCCUCAGACGGCUCCUUCUGCUGUAGCCAACCCAGUCUUCCGUCGCUUCCAGCGUGUAUUCCUCCGGGCAUACCUGUUGGCUCUGUGGGCAGACUGGCUCCAGGGUCCUUACCUCUAUAAGUUGUACCGUGACUACACUUUUCUGGAAUCCCAAAUAGCCAUCUUGUACGUGUGUGGCCUGGCCUCCUGUAUUCUGUUUGCUCCUGUUGCUGGUUGGCUUCCUCAGGUUCUGGGUCGCAGACAAACGUGUCUUCUCUUCUGCCUAUCCUACUCCGCAUGUUGCCUCACCAAGCUGUCACAAGACUAUUUUGUUUUGAUUGUGGGCCGUAUUCUGGGAGGUUUGUCCACAUCCCUACUCUCCACCACAUUUGAAGCCUGGUACGUGCAUCAACAUAUAGAUAUCCAUGAUUUUCCCAAGGAGUGGAUUCCUAGCACCUUUUCAAAAGCUGCUACCUGGAACCACGGGCUUGCUGUUGCAGCAGGGUUGGCGGCUAACCUGUUGGCUGAGUGGCUCCACCUGGGACCUGUGGCACCCUUUCUUUUAGCUGUACCCUUCCUGGCAAGCUGUGGAUGGGUGGUGCUUACAGACUGGGGUAGGGAAGAGGCUGAGGGAGGCCUUGAAGGGAAUAAACAGACACCCGUCCUUGGAGUCCCAAAUGCAUCACAGGCCCGUAUGUCUGCCAAGGCCCGGUUCUCACGGAGCUGCCACGACGGGCUGCGCUGCCUGCUGUCAGACAGGAGAGUUAUGCUGUUAGGUGGAGUGCAGGCUUUGUUUGAAAGUGCCCUCUAUAUAUUUGUGUUCUUGUGGACUCCAGUACUGGACCCUCAUGGACCUCCUUUAGGAAUUGUGUUCUCUUGUUUAAUGGCUGCUAGCAUGGUGGGCUCCUUACUGUACCGCCUAGCCACCUCCACACGUUACCACUUGCAGCCCGGCCAUGUGCUGUGCGUGGCAGUGUUGAUGGCCUUCUUCUCCUUCUUCAUGCUGACUUUCUCCACGACCCCAGGACAGCCUAGACCUCAUGAGUCUUUCCUGGCCUUUCUGCUGCUGGAGCUGGCCUGUGGCCUCUACUUUCCCGCAGUCAGCUUUCUUCAGGGCAGGGUGAUCCCAGAGGACAAGCGGGCCGGUGUGUUGGCCUGGUUCCGGGUGCCUCUGCACCUACUGGCCUGCUUGGGACUGCUCGCACUCCACGGGGAAGUAUCAGGAACAGGUGGAGGAGAGGGGGGCAGCGGUACCAGACACAUGUUUGGGGGCUGUGCAGUCAUGAUGCUGGCAGCUCUGCUGGCUGUGGUCAGUCUGUUCACGCUGGGCAGAAAUGACACAGACCUGAGACUAGAGAGCGACAUAGAAUGAAGAUGACUUGGACCACAUGUCUAUUUAUUAUGUGACAAAUUAAACAAUGCUGAGGAGAAACCAGUACCAUAGUUUAUAUUUUUUGCCAAAAUGAAACUGAAAUCAAUCAGUCCAAAUGGGGUAUUUGUAUUUUUCAACUACAUUUACGCUCUGGAUUUCGUGUGCUUUCCUUGUUGCUAAUAUCUUUUCUGAAUCCUGUAUGUGUAACUAAGAUCAGGAAACAAACUUUUAUUUUCAAAGGGAAAAAGAAGUAUAAAAAAUUGACUGCUACUGGAUCUAAAUUAACUGCCCUGGAUAAGUGACAGACUAAUUUAAUAAGAUGUUUGUGUUUGAAAUACAAGCCUCAGUUUUCUAUAAGGAUCAGUAACACCCAAGUGUUUAUCAUAUGUUUAGAAACAGAAGAAACUGGCUGUUACAGAGCGCUUAAUUAAUAUCCAAAGAAAUAAGGUCAUAUCUUGUAUAUGGAUGUGUUUUUGAAUGGUAUUUUUGCAUUACUUUGAUUUCUUCAGUUUACUGUUUUUAUUGACAUUAUGCCUUGCAAUUAGCAAAGUAUGCAAAAGCAUAAUAGAGUGAGUGAGUGGGUCAGCAGAAGUUCAGUUAAACUAAAAACUAAUGUAUAUUCAGCUUUGGAAUUUUGGAUUCUGAUCAAUACAGAUGAGGACUAAUGAAGCCUAUUGUGGGCCGUGUUGGCAUCCUUUAACAUAAUUUGCAGUAAUUCUUUUAUAAGUUUAAAAAUGUUGGCACAGUGGAGCAUGUCUGAAGUUGUUAACAUGCAAAGUAGUCCUUUUGUUUGCACAUGAUUGAUGAAGCCUUGUUGCUAAUCGCAGCAUCCUGGUGGCCACUUGAGGUUGGUUGUAUUUCGAAUGGAAAGGCAAUAUGGGUCAGUUUUGGUUUAAAAGUUCUGAAUUUGUAAUUUUCUUUUUUUCCUAAACAUUUCUUUGUCCUAUAUGUUGAAAUAAAAUUGUACAUAAUGAA